CUUACCUCCUAUGUCCUAUCCAGUUUUGCUACUUUUAUGACUUGUUGACGGGGGUUGCUUGUCCUGUUCUGUCCUGUCCUGUGUUCUGUUCCUUCUUUACGCUUGUCUUUUCUGUCUUCUGUCUUCUGGAACGAAAUGGAGUAUGAGCGGUUGGGAUCUGAUUCUGUGUGCUUUGUUUUUCCGUCUCAUGUUCUUUUGCCCCUCCACCCCGCCCACUCAUAUCGUCGGGCUUAGGAUAGGAUUGGAUUGGAUUGGAUGGAUAGGUUCGGUUGGGUUGGGUCUAUGUGCAGUGUCAUGGCGUGUUCCCAGGCGGUGGGAGAAGAAGAGGAAGAAGAGGAAAGGAUUGACUCGAGGAGAGUCAACAGUGAGUUAUCAAAGAGAGAGUGUUCUGAUCAUCAGUAAUAGUAUCGUGAAGACCCCAAGUAACGCUUGAAAGACAUACGAUGUAGAUGGUAUGACUGGUAU